UCUCUGCGCAUAACAUGGCGGCGCCAUGCCUCAAUAUAUUUACGUACAAAUUAUUUAUUAACGCGGCGUUAUUACUAAUCCCGCCCCGUAGGAAUGACUAUUGAGAAGUUGCCCUCUAAAAAUUAUUGUCAAAAGUGUAUACUUCAAGGUGUUGAAAGUCCAGUACAGCUCUUUCAAAUAAAUGAUGAUGAAGCUUUUUUAAUGUGCAAAAAUGUUCAGUGUACAUUUAUGCCAUCUUCAAACUUGGAGUCUCUCUUUGUGAAAAGAGACAUAUCACAAAUUUCUGCACCUCUAAAACUUAAAAGGAAAACUUCAUCAACUACUUCAGUAUCCUCUUAUAGCAUCUAUGGCUCCUCUCAAGUACAGAGGCUAGGGCUAUCAAAUUCAUCUCGAAGUUUAAGAGCAAGUACCCCAUCUUGUAAAGCAUUUUCAGCAAAUAAUUCACACCUGCAGAGCUCAUCUGCAUCCAAAAUAAACAGUUUUUCUGCUCAUAGACUGCUGAAAUCUCCAGCACCUCUAGCAGAAGAGACAGAGAGGAAGACUUUAGUUCCACUGGGACCAUUCUUAACUGGACAUGCACACAGCUUUUCAUCAUUUCAAACAAAUCAACUUGAAGACAAACGGCGACAGAAAAUUCAGGUGCCAACCAAUCUAGGAGAAAGUACGCCAGUUUUGUCUAAUACAAAAAAGCCAACUGUUGUUAAGCAACAUACAUCUGGGCAACUGACAUUUAAUCCAGUCUUGGGAAACAAACGAAAGGGAAGCAGUUUGGAUUCUGAUUCAACUAGCAGCAGCGACUCAAUUUGCUCGACCCCAACAACUGUUUUAAAAUCUAGCUUUGCUGAAAAUAAUUCAGGAAGAAAAGUGCAGCGUAUUAUUGUUCCUCCUGAUACUCUAAUUAAAUUGCAAAAGGGUUUGCUAAAAAUUCAAAUAGUGCAUGACAAAAGCAACGGUUCCAAGCCUUGCAUUGUGUUCAAGACUGUUGAAAAUCAAACAGAUUCUAUUACCAAACCUACACUAAGCCCAAAGAAAUCCAAUAAAAGAAUUGUCUCAGACUCUUCUCGUGUGACUAAUUCUAAAAUAGAAAGAGAUAAACAAAGUGGUGAUUCAAUUAAUGGUUUUGACAUUGUCCAGGUAGGCUCUCUAAGUGACAUUUUAAAAGAGGGUCUCAAUAAGCCAAUUGAGUUGACUGGAAAGUCAAAUAAAUUACACAUUGAUGCCAUUAAUUCUCGUCUCUCAGAAAUUAUAAGUAAUCUAAAUACUGGUCCAUCUGUAUUACCAGAAGUAGAACCCAGUUCAUUCAACAAGCAAAUUAUUAACAGCAUAAGUACAAAAGAACUACCUCCAACACUUGAACAUUCAUUUAGGGAGAAUUCAGAUUUAAAUGAUUCCCUAAAUGAUUGUUUAGAGAAAUUUGGGCAAAGCAAACCUUUUACUGAGCCAUUCCAAGGGAACUCUAAAGAUUUAGAUAAUUAUUUUCUUGACAACUUCUUGGAUAUCUAA